AGGCCACCGCUGGGUGCAGGGGCCGCAGCGGGCUGAGAUUGGUGAAACACGAUUAGAGAGAUGAACUUGAUGACGAAGGGUUUCAGCGAGCUCCAGGAAUUAAGCAGCCGAAGGCAACAGACACCAGUAUGGAAGCUUCCCAGCGGUAGAUCCACGCUGAGUAAAUCGGCUCAAGCAGUCAGACGCUACUAUGAGAAUCAAGCUGAUAUCAAACGUGCUGGCUUCUUUGAGUCAGAGUAUGAGCCCCAGGUGGAAGAAUUACAGAGAUCUUUUCUAAUGCGCCCUGGAUGUCCUAGAUUUAGUAACAGAGCAACUUCAACAUCCCAGCUCGAAAGUACUUUAGAAGACAUUCCUGAUUUGCGCUAUAAUUUCAGUACCAUCAGUCUGUCCUCCCAACUCAGCUUUGAAGAGUGGAGUGCUGCCUUUCAGAACACACAUUCAUUAGAAUCAGUCACCAAAGAAGCUGGCCAGCUCCCACACAGUAGAAGUCUCACUGGACUCUCUAAGUGGAAGAGUUUCACAGAAGGAAUGGUUUCACCUGAACAACAAAGAGGACCUAGAGAGAGUAAAAUCCCAUGGUACAUUGAUGUAAUCCGUGAGAAGGAACGAUGCUUGUUGAUGAUGGGAGAAGAGAUUAUUCGUCUUUCAAGAUGUGAGGAGGAAUGUGCAAGGAAGGAUGAUGCAAUCUCUAUCCUUAGAGAUGAGAUGGAGAAUCUGAAGAAGCAUCUGGAGCUGCUCAGGAGGGAAAGUGUCAUCACAAACGAGUAUUCAGAAAUGCAGCAAAAGGGCUUGAGACAGGAGGACAUGGAAAAAGAGCUUCUCAGUGGUACAGAGAUUGAAGUGGCUUCUGAAGAGGAGGAGGAGAAUGAGGCAGAGGCAGAAGAGAAAGCAUCCCUGAUCAAGCUCAAAGAAUUCCAGCAAAUGAACCAAGAACUCUGUAAAGAACUGGAAAAAGCAAAGAUGAACUAUGACAUGGCCACAGGUACCAUCACUUCCUUGCAAAGGCAGCUGGCUUUCCAGGAGUCACAGCUGCGGAGAACUGAGUCUGAAAAGGAAUUGCUACAGAAGGAGCUUAGAGAACGGGGAAAUCAACUACAAGCUAUGUCUGCCAAGUUUUCCAGCCUUCGAGAAGAACGGAAGUGUGAAGAAAUGAUGGGAAUAAUAGAGAGAGAAAAUUACAAACUCCGACAGGACAUUGUGGAACAAGAAUCCAAACUGGAUGAGAAAAACAAACUGAUUGAUGAUUUGCAGAGCAAGAUCAACCAGCUCCAGGCAGAGGUUAUGGUAGCCCAGCACCAUGUGCAGAAGCAGCUGUGUGACCAAAGUGAGAUGCAGAGCCAAGUCGAGGCCUUGAAGCACACUGAGCAGCAGGCCAAAGUUGCACUGGAGUGCAUCAGUGCCAGGGUAAAGACAGCCUCCUUCACUGCGGGCCUCUCCCCUGAGGGAGGGACUCCAGCUAACGAGAACAAAGGCCCCAGUUUAGUCAGGGCCAUCCUUAGACACAAUCACUGGGUGGACUGCAUGGGACUCCCUUUGGCACCUCAGCUCCAGCAGCUGGAAUGGAGGGUCUGGCAGUUCACAGUCCACUUGCUCCCCAAACUUUCCCGGGCGGCUUGGGCUCCUGUGCUUGCCAGGGGCUUUUGUUUCAGUUAUGGGUCUUAUGGGAUACCAAGAAAAAGAGACACCGAGGUUUCAGAGCAGAAUAGUUACAAUGCCAAACUUCUUUCUGAAUUUUAUCCCACAGCCUCCCAACCCAUCUGGGGAUUCCCCCUCUCUCAAAUACAGCAAUAGGCUAAACAGCCAUCAUGGGAAGACAUUUCUCCAGAUUUAUUCUUAAAGGGCCAUAUUCAGACCUGCUGCAAGCAGGUGCAACUCCAUCCAACGUCAGGUCAGAUUUGCUUACGUUACUAAUUCAGAGACACACGUUGCCACUAGGUGUCUGUGUGGGGCUUCUGGUGAAGCCAUCUAGAAUUGCAUAUACUCAGCCCAGGGCAGAAUUUCACAGAAUUUCAGUCCUGCCCUUUGCUGGUGUCCUGGGGACAUUCAGAGACAUGAGAACCCGUCAGAAAUGCCAGCUGUCAUAUCAACCCUCUUGUUGGCAUAUCUUAAAAGCAAGGGUUGCUUCAAAUUCUCCCUCUAGUGAGAGAAGGUCUUUGCUUGUGUCAAACAGUAUCCCUCUUUAAUUGGAGGAAACCUGGUUAACUCUUCAGCCUAAACUAAGGUAGGUUUUUUUUUUUCCUUUUUAAAAUCAAAGUUUGAAAGAUUUCGAAGCAAAAUAAUUCAGGCGACAUACAGCACUGCAGGCGCCAAAUCCCCCCAAGCUGAAAUUAGCGAUGAGGAGGCACUAGAGGCUAUGCAGGUAUGUGAUUCAGUGUGGAAUGAUGCUUCUGCUUGGACCCCUGAGCUGGGGACCUGCAGAGAGGUGAGGGGAGAAGGAAAAAUUUAACGAUCCUAUCACCUCCACGGCUAAUGCUGGAUUCUCCUGUGAAUGUGUCUGAUUUCCAGAGAAUAAUUAGUGAGCGGCUGGAUUUUCAUCAGAUGCUGAAACAGAAGGGUGUGAAGGUCCCGUCUCUCUUCAGCACUGAGCCAGCAAAUCUGUCCUCUCCUAAUUCUAAGACCAACAAAAAGAGUCCUGUGAAAUAGGGCCUUGUGCGCUGAGAGCUGAUUCCUGCAGCUGAGUCACAAGAGUCAGAAAGGCCCUUUCCCCUGAGGUUCUUUCCUGGUUGCAUUUUGGUUUGUUCUCUGGUGUUUUGUUUUUUAUUGACAAAUUAAACAAUUAAAUCGGACUUCAACUGCAUUCUGUUAAGCCAGCUGAUCUCUAAUUAGUCUACACUGUUGUCUCAUAAUUGGAGUUGAGGACUGGAAUCAGCACUCAAUUUGCCAUAAAUCACUUAGUCUCUCGGAUUUUCCAUCUGUAGAACAAUCUCCGCCUCACAGAGUUAGGGUGUGAGAGUUAAUGUGAGUUUGCAAAGUGCUUUGGGGGUCCUUGGAUAAGAGGAGCUAGAAAAUGAAAAUGAUUCCCUUUGUGGGCACACCACCUGCUUUGGCCAGGUUAUCCUAUUGCUGCUCAUCGUGCUCCUUUUAAACACAGGGUGUAGGCAUAAUCACUGGCUCACCAAGCUUCUCUGGCCUGAAACAAGCAGGCCUUCCAAACUUUCCAGAUUCUAGCAAUCACAUCCAGGUCAUCUCUGAGCAUAUUGUACAACAGGAUGGUUCCCACCCACUGCUAGAUAUCACUAGCGCUGGCAAUCUAAGCUUUAGUAAUCAGUCUCCCCUUUCCCAACCUUAAUGCUAAGCCACUGUGCCAGGCUCUCAUACAGUGUCACUGCCAACCUCCCAUUCAGCUGUGCACCCUCUAACCCACCAUGGAGUUUGGACUGCUGCAAAGCCAGCUUUUAUUUCAGGUUAGCUGAAACCUGUUCCUUAUCGACUUAAACUGAACCAGAAUAAGCCAUUCUUUUUUCUGAAAUAAGUGUCAACACAGGAGUUUGCAUUGACUUAACUAAACUGGUUUAAAUUCACAUCUUUAGUUAAACCAGAGCAACCCACCAUGUAGACAAGCCUGAAAUGUCUUUACAAACCUAAAUAUCCUAGUGAGGUUUUAGGUCCAGAUUCUGAGACUGGUCUCCGUUUUAGUGGACACAAGUUGCGGAUAAUAGAUUUAUGGGUAUAACUGGGAACUUAGACAUCUACAGGGCCUAAAAUGCCAGCACAAAUAAUUGCCGAUGAAAAAUUGUCCUUGCAGUUUGGUUCCUGCAAGACUGAGACUCAGGGCUGGGCUGAAAAUCUGGCCCUUAAAAUGUUAGUGUUCAGUUUUCCUCUGCAAUAAACACAGUAGGUGGUGUGUGUUCCUGGGUCCCCAUUUCAAAUGUCAUGGCCAAAUUACUUUAACCCUCUAGCGGUGAAGUAAUCACCUUAGUAAGGCCUGGUCUAGAGUCUCUUAUCUCUGGUAUGAAAUUAAAGUAUCAGUUCAAGAUAAGGAACAUGGACCAAGCUGUGCAUUUUAAAGUGUGGUUCUUAAGGGUAAAAAUGAUGCCUCCUUA